AUGGAAAAAAAGAUAACUUAAGACAACAUUGUAAUAAGAAAGCUCAAAUCAGUAGAAGAAAUGGAUCAAGCGAUGAUGAUGAGAUUUAAUGAAUUGAAAAGUCAACCAUAUUAUAAGAAUUUGGAAGAGUUCUAUGAUACGGAACUAGAAGCUGGAAGAAAUAUGUUUAAGAAUGGAUAAGCCUGGGGAGCAUUUAAUGAAAAUGGAGAGGUAGUAGCGUUUUCUUUAGCAUUUGAUCUUACUUUUGAGCCUUAUACGACCUCAAAGAAAUUAUUGAGAGCAACUGAGAAAUUGAAAUCAAUGAGAGAACAUUCGAGAAAAAUCCUUAACUCUAAGCCAGGUGAAUAUUGCUAUGUGGGAUAUGCUGUAGCAAGAAGUGAUUACAGAAGAUCAAAUUUGUUAACAAGGAUAGCUCCUUUAUUGAAUUUUUACCUUCUCCAAAACUUUGGUUUUAAGAAUCUAGUUGCAAUUGCAGUGUCAAGAGAAGGCUUUUUAUGGACGAAAAAUUUUGGAUUUAAGACAUUAAAAUGUUUUGGAACUUGGGGAGAAAAUGAUAAAAAUGAAUACUAUAAUGGAGGAGAAAUCAAAGAAGGUAUGACUUUUCAAGUAUUACUCAUUUAUAAUCUUGAUAAGGAAAAAGAUUCAAUCCGCAAUGCUAAAUUGUGA